AUGUCCACCCACCUCUCCGCCUCGUCCUCCUCCGGCCUCGUCGCGACGACAAACAAUCGCAGCACGAACCGGUACUCGGCGCUGCAGUCCCUCAUCGCAGACCAGGAUACAGAUAUUGAGGAUGAGUUGGCGAGAGCCCAGAAACGCCUGCGAGACCUCAAAGCGCGCAUCUCGGCGCAGUCGAAGAAGAACUUUGUGUUGGAGCGGGAUGUGCGGUACCUCGACAGCCGGAUAGCGUUGCUCAUCCAGAAUCGAAUGGCGCUGGACGAGCGAGAAGAGGUCAAGGAGCACUUGGAGGAUGUCGACGAGGGCGAGGAGACCGCGAUGGACGAGCGGCGGCAGCAGCAAUACUCGAACCUCUUCUUCCUCCUCCAAUCCGAACCCCGACACAUCGCCUCCCUCUGUCGCCUCGUCUCGCUCAGCGAAAUCGACACGCUCCUCCAAACGGUCAUGUUCACGCUGUACGGGAAUCAGUACGAGUCGCGGGAAGAGCACCUGCUGUUGACGAUGUUCCAGUCCGUCCUCGCUGCUCAAUUCGAGACCGCAACAGAAUUCGGCUCCCUCCUCCGCGCCAACACGCCCGUCUCCCGCAUGAUGACCACUUACACGCGACGAGGGCCCGGUCAGAGUUAUCUCAAGAGCGUCCUGGCGGAGCGGAUCAACAGCUUGAUCGAGCACAAGGACCUGAACCUCGAGAUCAACCCGCUCAAGGUCUACGAGCAGAUGCUCAACUCGAUCGAAGACGAGACAGGCGACCUCCCACCCGAUCUUCCGCAAAAUGUCACGCCCGAAGUCGCCGCUGCCAACGCCGACGUGCAGAACAUCAUCGCGCCUCGACUCACCAUGCUCAUGGAGAUCGCCAACAGCUUCUUGUUGACGAUCAUGAACAGCAUCGAGAGCGUGCCGUACGGGAUCAGGUGGAUUUGCAAGCAGAUUCGGAGCUUGACGAAGCGCAAGUACCCUGAAGCGACCGACUACGCCAUCUGCUCCCUCAUCGGCGGCUUCUUCUUCCUUCGCUUCAUCAACCCAGCGAUCGUCACGCCUCAAGCCUACAUGCUCAUCGACUCGCUGCCGGCCAGUGCCAAGCACCCGCGACGAACGCUCACUCUCAUCGCCAAGAUGCUGCAGAACCUCGCCAACAAGCCGUCCUACUCGAAGGAGGCGUACAUGAUGUCGCUCCAGCCGUUCGUCGACAACAACAAGACGCGGAUGAACCAGUUCCUGAACGCGCUGUGCGAGGUCCCCGAUUUCUACGACACGCUCGAGAUGGACCAGUACAUGGCGCUCUCAAAGAAGGACUUGCAGAUCAACAUCACGCUCAACGAGCUGUACAACACGCAGAGCCUCCUCAUCCAGCACCUCGACACCCUCGCCCGCAACGAUAAGCAGCACCUCCGCAUCCUCCUCGAAGAACUCGGUCCCGCACCUCCGCAAGUCCCGCGCAAGGAGAACCGGACGAUCGAGCUGCCGCUGUACUCGCGCUGGGAGAUGCCGAUCCAGGACAUCACGACGGCGUUGAUGGCGGAGAACAACGUGACGCAGAACGACAUCCUGUACCUCGAGGCGAAGUCGAUCUUUGUCCAGCUCAUCCGGUCCAUCCCUCGACUCGCCGAGCGAAGACCGAUCCAGCUUCCUCUCGUCGCCGAGACUGCCGCGACGUCGAAGGACGCGACGCUCGUGCGCAAGGGCAUCAAGGUCAAGGAGAUGCUGCGGGAGCUCGAGGAGCUCAAGCUCGUCGACCGGCGGGACAACUACAAGCUCCUGACGGACGAAGUCGCGGCCGAACUCGUCCACCUCGGCAACCUGCGCGAGAAGGUCGUGCUCGAGACGCGCUCGCUCGAGUCCGUGUACAAGACGAUCUGCGACCACAACGCGUACCUCCGGUCGCAGCUCGAGCAGUACAAGGCGUACCUGCAGAACGUGCGGCAGACGACGGCGGGUAAGGUGGGAACGGGCGGUGUCGGCGUCGUCACUGUCGCCGGCAAGGACAACAAGCCGAAGCAGACCCAGCAGCUCGGGCCGUUCAAGUUCACCCACCAGCAGUUCGAGAAGGACGGGAUCAUCGUCGAGACAAACGUCCCCGAGAACCGGCGACCAAGCAUCUUCUUCCUCGUCUCGUCGCCCUCACCUGGCGCUUUCCUCAUCGCCCUGCACUACAAGGGCCGCGAGAAGGCCAUCCUCGAGAUGGACCUCAAGAUUGACGAUCUGCUCGAGAAGAAGAACCAGGGCGUCGAGCAGCUCGACAUGGAGUAUGUCAGCCUCAACGUCUCGAAGGUCCUCGCACUGCUCAACAAGACCUUCCAACGCCGCAAGUAG